CCGGGGGUUGUCCCGUAUGACAGCUAGGCGAGCAUUGUUACUAUGUUCAAGAUGAACACUGCACGUGAUGCUGCGUAAAUGUAUCACUACUUGCGAGAUUCUGACACCUCUUCACAACUUUGGACAUCACAUUGCCCUAGAAGAAAUACAAUGAACACAAUGGUACAAUUAAACCCACCAGAGCAAUUCGCUACGCUUCCUUCUGGAUGCACCAUCUGCUACCAAGUCUGCGGCGAACAGACAUCGGCACCUCCCGUUCUCAUCAUCGCGGGCCAUGGCUCAUCCAUGACACAAAAGAUUGGCGGCCUCAUCAAUCUUCUAACGAAGCAAUCAUACUGGGUUAUUCUCUUCGAUCACCGCGAUACAGGCCUCUCAUCAGUGUUUCCCACACCGCCAGAAGGCUCCUCAGAAUCUGCCUACACCAUCACUGAUCUCGCCGACGACGUCAUCGGCCUCAUCCACCAUCUGCAGCUUGACGCCGUGCACCUGGUAGGCUUCAGCAUGGGCGGCCCUAUAGCGUGGCAAGUGGCGGCAAGGUUACCAGCUAAAGUCGCUAGCCUAGCACUGUGCCUGACGAGCCCCGUUGGCCGCCAGCAGCUCCCUACAGAUAACCUCCCACCAAUGCACCUCGAGGGCCAGUGGCUGCUUGGAGAGGCAUUCGAUCCGCCGCAGGACGAGAACGCCUACGAGGCCUGGGUCCAGUUCUACAUGGGCCUCGACUUGUGCCUUGCUACGCAGCCGCCCACUGCUGCCGAACGGAAAGACUCUCGUCGGCAGAGCGAGCUUACCUACCGCCGAGAUCGAGAGGGCGGCACAGUCUUCAGCAAGUUUCACCAUUCAAGGGCCUCGGGGGUCCGCUGGCCGAGAGAGAUGCUCAAACAGGUCAAGUGUCCUACGGUGGUGAUCCAUGGAGCAAAAGACCAGUUGUUUCCGGCGGAGCAUGCCGCUGCGCUGCGCGACGAUGUCGACGGCGCAAGGCUCGUCGUGUUAGAGAAUUGCGGGCAUGAAUUGCCCCAUAGAGCACAACAACCAAUGGUCGAUGCCAUUUGUGAGAAUAUGGCGAGACAACAACGCUAG